GAGAAAUGUAAACAUUUGAUCAGGAUUCUUUCAUACAGGUCACUACACAUUUGUUUCUCCUUGUUCAGUAACAACAAAAAGUUUUACAUUAUGUCACAUUUAGAAGAGAUUUCAACUGAUAAAAUCCAAUUUUCUGACUUUGUGAAGGAGAAAAUAAGAGUUUGGUUUAAAAUGAUGGAUACUACAAAAGAUGGAUUCAUGGCUAAAGAAGACUUUGAACUUAUAGCUAAUCGUUUUGCAGUGCAGUACAAUUUGGAUGAUGACAGAGCACAAGAAAUUUAUGGAUGGCUUGUCGAUGGGUUUAAAAAGGUUGACAAUGAACAUAGUGGUGAGGUUAUGCCAUUGGUGACACAAAUGGCUGAAGCAAUUAAAAAUGGUGCCAAAAUCUCUGAGGAUGAGUAUAUUGGUGCACUAGGACAACUUAUGACAGUUGAUCCACUUAUAGCUCGGAACAGUCUCAAAUCUGCAGUAACAUUAUUUUUCCAAAUAUUUGACUUUGACAAAGAUGGCUUUAUAACAUGUGAUGAACUUGAAAAGGGAUUGGCUUGUUUUGGAUAUGACAACAAGGAGAUAAUUCACAAGGUUUUUGAAUGCAUGGUGAAAGAUUAUGUGGGUAAAAUGAGCCAGGAUGAAUAUGUAAAUGCAUGGCUAGAUUUUAUAUUUGGAGAAGAUAAAGACAACCCAUUUGUGAAGUAUUUUGCUCCACAUUUGCUUUAAAGAGAUAUAUACAAGGAAGGAAGCUUCAGAACUGAUGGAAUGUGAGAAUUAUUUUCUUAACAGAAGAGAAAGGAAAAAAAAUGUAAAUCAUUACAUUAGAUUUCAUGAUUGUUAUUUUAAUGAUAGUGUUUUAAUUUUAGUGUUGUAUGGUGAAAUAUCUGUUCAUUUAUUUCAGAGUAACAAUUGAGUGUCCCCUCACUCUUUUGUUUUUAAUGUAUUUUUGUAUUUGUAUUUUAAUCUGGUACAAACACUACUUGCUUAGAAAUUCUUAAUACUCAUUUGUAAUACAUAUUAUUAAAAUUAAAAUAAACAAAUGUUUAAAAUGUGUUUAAAAUAAAAAUAAUUGUAUUAACUUUAAACACGCAUGUUUGCCUUUUAGAGCCUUCUUUCUUACAUCUAUUUACACCUUGGUACAUAUGUAUCCAGAUAAUUUUUUAGAUCUUAAACCUUUUCUACUUUUUAUUUAAUGAGCAUAAAAAAAUUCCCUCAAACCAACAGAUUUAUUCAGUUUUUAAAGAUAACUUAGAUGCAUGUGAUAUUUUGUACUAAAUGGUUAUCAUAGGCUAUUUUAACUGUUAAACAUAGAACUAAUUUCUGGCUAAGGAAAACCAUUAUGUAAAAUAUCAGAUCCUAUUUAAUGAAAUUAUAAAAAUUCAAAAUUUUAUAAAUUUAAUAUUAAGAAAUCUUUAUAUACACUAUGUUGUUGAAUUGCAAAUUAAAAAAAUAUAUAUAUAUGUACAAUUGACUUGUUCUUUGAGUUAUUAAUAUCAUUUAUAUUCAAGAUGUUCAGUUAUAGAUUAUCCAGAAUCUCAAUAUGUAGCAAUAUUGUUUAUUUGCAUGUACCUCACUCUUAGUUGCUAAGAUUAAUAAAUGGAUGUGGUUGCACCUCUUACAUUCAACAGAAGUUUUUAAAUGUUAGCGACAUCGUUGAAUCCACACAAACUAAAUAUUUUUAUAUUAUAUAUAGAAAUUUUAAUAAAUUUUUGUUUUUGUAUUUGGUU